GCGGUGUGCGUACGCGCGCCUGCGCGCGCGCCUUCGGAACGGGGAGCACGAGGCGCCGGUGGGUGAAGCGUGAGGGCGCUCGAGGAGCCGGGGAUUCCGUACGCAUGAGGGAGACAGAGCGGAGGUAGGAGGAAAGCAUGUCCUUUCGAGGCGGCGGCCGCGGAGGAGGCCGCGGCGGGGGCUUCGGCCGGGGCGGCGGCGGUUUCGGCCGGGGCGGCGGCAACUACCGAGGAGGAGGAGGGCGAGGCGGGGACCGCGGCGGCGGCCGAGGAGGGCGAGGCGGGGACCGCGGCGGCUUCGGCCGUGGAGGUUUCGGCCGAGGAGGGGGCGGCCGCGGAGGCUUCCAGAAGGGGGGCUACAACGAGGGUCCCCCAGAAAACGUGGUCGUGUUAGGAGAGUUCUUGCAUCCCUGUGAAGAUGACAUUGUUUGCAAAUGCAUAACACAUGAAAAUAAAGUGCCUUAUUUCAAUGCUCCAGUUUAUUUAGAAAACAAAGAACAGAUUGGUAAAGUAGAUGAGAUAUUUGGACAGCUUAGGGAUUUCUAUUUUUCAGUUAAACUGUCAGAAAACAUGAAGGCCUCUUCUUUUAAAAAAUUACAAAAGUUUUAUAUUGACCCAUAUAAACUGCUGCCCCUGCAAAGAUUCUUACCUCGGCCACCAGGUGAAAAAGCACCUGCAAGAGGAGGUGGCAGAGGAGGAGGAAGAGGAGGUGGUGGAAGAGGAGGAGGAAGAGGAGGCAGAGGUGGUGGUUUUAGAGGUGGAAGAGGUGGUGGAGGCUUCAGAGGAGGACGAGGAGGUGGUGGUUUCAGAGGUAGAGGACGUUAAGUGGAACUUUUGGCAAGUAAACCUCACCAGUUGGCUUUUUGAAUAGUUCUUCAGAAUUAAGGAAUUAUUUCUGCUGUGGAUCUGAAGAUUUUUUUUUUUUAAAAAGCAAGUACAAUUCUAAGAAACUGGUCACUUUAUGAGAGUGUGUCCACAGUGUCACUACGGCGUGCAAAAUGGAUACAAAGGAUGAGAGUGUUUUGCUCCAAAAGAGCGUGGACUGAAUCUUUUAUAUAUUUUGUACAAUGCUCAGCACUCUGUGGGUGCUUAAUAAAUGUUCAAUAAUACUUUUAUUGUAAUUUGGAGUUUUUAAAUAUGAAAAUUUAACUUUUUUCUUCGUUUUAAAAUUGACAGUUGUUGUUACUAUGGCUUGACUUCAUUUUUGAAGGUCAGAUGCCUACUGAAUGAAUUUUAAAAACCUUUAGCAGCCUAAACGUAAAUAUGUUUGCAUAAAAUCAGUUCUCAACUUACCAGUUUGAACUGUGCUAGUGCUAUGGUACCAUAGUGCUUAUGAGCUAUGUUAAAUGGACUCUUUCCAAAUAAAUACCUAUUGUAUAUAGGAACAUUAACACUUUUUAAAUGAUUGUAUUCUCUUCUUUAUAUAAAGCGAUUCUGAUUCCUUAACUACUUUGGUCAGUAGGUAACUUAAUAAAAUGUAUAUGUGAAGAGAAACUUGCCAACUGAUAGUACUGUCAGAAAAUUUGAGAAAUAAGUUAGUUAGAAAUAAGAAGGCUGGAAAUCAGACACCAUAAUAUGUGGCUGUAAUGCAUUCAACUUAAAGCCUGAAAUAUUUGAGUUUUUAUUUGGGUACUCUGCUUAUGUAAUUCUGGUUGAGAGUUUAAAGAUUUGAAACGUCCUUGAGUUGCACAGACCGUUGUUAGUAGUUAAAGGUGAGCUUGAAGGUCUAUAGAAAAUUGAAUUAAUAGGCUUAGAGACUGAUCCAUCAUUUAUGAGAAUUAUGUCACUGUUAGGCAAAUUUAAAAUACAGAAAUACUUGUAUGGAAUAACUAAUUUCAGGGAAGUGUUCUUAUGGUGUAGUUUUUACAAUUUUUAUAUGCACAUAUGCUCAUUUAAAUCAGUGGUCCCCAUUGGUUUCUCAUGAGUGCUUCUAAUAAAACUAUUCGAACUGCCCAUAGAUUGGCAGGAAAGCUUAUCUGUUUCACAUCGUCCCACUACACUAAUUUUUUUUCUCAUAGUUUUGAAAGUUGUUAUUGAUAUUUUCUUUGCGCAUCAUACCUUGGGCAAAUUAUGUAAUCCCUUAUAACCUAUUCUUGAGUAAUACUUUAUUGUUUAUUUGAAUACUAUUUAGGAUUUCAGUCAUAAUUACAUAUUGGUUAGUACUCUGAAGAAGAAGAAAAAUUUUUUGGUCUUUCAGCUAAUCAAGCUAUCAAAAUAAGUGUGAUUUCAUUUUCUGGAGCUUUGGCAAACUGGAGCUUGUGUUUGAGUAGGAAAAGUGCUGUUGGAUUUAAUUAUCACUUUGCUACUAGAAUAAAAAUUUCAGCAAGGAUUAAGGUCAAGUUUUCUCUUGGCUUAUGAUAGAAAUAUCAAACUUGCACCCUAGUGGGUGAUGUCAAUGCCCCAAGGGCAAACAAUAGUAUAUUUUUUCUAUAGUUGUAUUUUCACAGCUUUUAUUUCUGUUGCAUGAAUUCUUAAUUCUGAUCUAUUUGAGUCCUAGUAGACUAUUAGAAGGGUAUAUAGUUAAGAGCACUCAGGGAUUCUGUCCUCAAAAUAAGUAUAAAUCUCAGCAUCAUUGUCUAGCUUUGAACGUUGUUAUACCAAAUCUUAUUUUAACAUUCUCUUUAUUUGUUGGUGUGAGAGGCUGUUUGGGAAUUUUCCUGCUGAAAUAGGUAAUAACCUAUUUGAGUUGUAGUUUUUGAGUUCAGGAUAAGGAUGUUUUUGAGGUUCGCUUUAAGUUUGAAGAGUGACUUUUUGUUAUCUUACGUAAGUUAUUCCCAUGGCUUCCCUUCUGCUAUCUAUCUAUAGUAGACCUUCAAGGAAUUGUUAGAUCAUUGGUGUAUUCCAUUAAGCUGCUUUUGGAUAAAACAAGUGGGUAUCAUGGCUACAAAUACUGUGUAAAGUGGGAUUCAUAGUUUUUUUUUUUUAAUCAUGAAUCUUGUAUGUUAAGUAUUUUUAUAUCUAUAAUACACAUUUUAAAUGGCCCAGCUAGGCUUUAUCCAAAGUAUAGCUUUUCUAUAUUACUGGCGGCAGAAGCCUGCAAAACCACUCUGUGUGUGUGUGUGUGUGUGUGUGUGUGUGUGUGUGUGUGUGUGUGUGUGGUGUUCCCUGUUCCCCCAUGUUCAAUCUAUAUACCUCUAGGGACAACAGAGUACGUAGUUGGAGGGGCUUUUUCUGCCUUUUUUUUUUAAUGUGUGAAGGUUACAUUCUUGUAAGGCUAAAUAAAUUUACUGGCAAGUUUGAGAUUUUCUGGCAAACUUACAGCCUGAAUUUUAAAAUUUGAUUAAAUGCAAUCUGCUUUAGGAGGGAAUACAAGCUGUAAUAUUUUUUCUGACAAACUUUUGGUUGAAGAGAAAUUUACUAGCAAACAUUUAUAAAGGACUUUAUGGUUUGCAAAGUGCUUUCCCCACAACCUCAAAGCACAAAUAAGUGUUAUUCCCAUUUUGCAGGUGAGGAAAUAGAGGUGAAGUGUCUUGUUCAUGGUAGUGUAACUAGUAAGUUUUAAGACAUCUGAUCUUGGGUGAGUCUUCUGUUUUGACUUAACUGUACUUUUGAUCCAAAUUCCUUGUUUGGGACUUGGUUUCCCUAUUAGAUGAAGGUCAUAUAAUAGAACAAGUGCUCUUCUCUCCAGGAAGUUGGCCAAUUUGCUUCCUAGUAAAGGUUUUCAAUGUUUUUUUUUUUAAAGUGUCCCAGGUUUACAGAAAUGCUCCAUUUCCUAUAACAAUAGUUUGAGGAAAUGUUUUUGGGAGAAAGUUAGACAGUUCAGUUCAGCAAAAUGUUGCCUACUGUGUGUAAGGUGUAAAAGUAGACUAUGUCUUAAGGUGCGUGGACUUGGCAAUUGGCCAGCUUCAGUUCUGGGCCUGGCUGUGUCAAUUCAGUUAAACUGGUUUAAUUCAAUUUUUGUAGGAAUUUGUGUGGGAGAGAAUUUACAAAAGAUUAGUCCUGGCACCAUGGAACUAAUAUUGUAAUAGUAGUGAAUUAAUCACUUAACAUUUUUGGUUUGGAAAAUCUGAGUGUCCUCUUUUGUAAAACGAAGGGGCUAGAUUAGAGGAAGCAGCAGAGGGGUGAGGUAGAAAGAAUGCUGAUAGCCUGAGUCAGGAGGUGCUAGGUUCAGAAUUCCGCCUCUAGAAUUUAUUUAGUAGCUGCUUAAUCGUAGCCAAGUGCCUUCACCUUUUUGAAUUUCCUCAUCAGUAAAAUAGAAUACCUUUAGUACCUGUGUCUUUCUUGUAGUGUACGUGAGGAGCUUUGUAAACCUUGAAGUACUAUGUUAAUGUCCGUGAUUAUGGUCUCUGAUCUGAUCUGUAAAAUGAGGAGGCUGUACUAGGUGAUCUCUAAGGUUCUCACAGUACUAAAGUCUGAUUCUAUAAUUUAUAAAAUUGAGGUGGUGAUACAUAAAUGGAUGAAUAUGGCCCUCUAGUGGUCGUAUGACAUUCUUACAGCAUAAACUUUGGUUCCCAUUAUUUACUGUUCUUAAAAUGUUAGUUAUUUUCAUUAAGACUAUGUGGUCUUGGUCAGAAGUAAAAGAUUUAUUAGUCUGGUGUGGAGAAAUUUUGCAAGAAAGAGAAUUCUUAAACCAUUUGUCAUUCUUGUUUUACAUUGUGUAUGGCUUCAUUAAGGUAUAUGUAAUUGCCCCUCUUUUUAAGGCAUAGAAAUAAUAAUCUAUAUAUCCUGUACUCUAUCAGAUCAAUAACCAAAUCCAGGAAUUCUUUUCUUAUGUAAGCUAUACUUUUAUUAAAGAAAAACUAU